UCAUGUUUUGCCGUAUCAGGGAGAUAGCGUGCCGUGAUUGUCGUGUUGUUGUGAGAAUUUAAUUUUAUAUUUAUUUUUAUCCGAGUUGUGCGCUGUGGAUGAUUAAUCUUUUUUUAAAUACGAAAUCUACUUUCGUACUAAGGUGUAUGCUUUCACAUUAAAUUGUGGUGUGCAAUUUUUUUUCCACAUCGUAUUUCUAGACUUGACUAGGCCUCUUUGUAGGCAACUAUCUCUCAUGUUGUCUAAGUCUUAGCGAUGACGUCUAUGCUCCCUUCAUUUUCUAAUUCUAAUAACCCAGUUGUAAAGAAAUUAUUAGGGUGGACAAAAGGCGAAGGGGAAGACAAAUACUGCGAGAAAGCUGUCAAAAGUUUGGUGAAAAAGUUAAAGCGGAUCAACUGUUUAGAUGAGCUUGAGAAGGCCAUAACCACUCAAGACCCCAACACAAAGUGUAUCCCAAUACCAAGUGUCCGGAACGAAAAAGGAGACUUCUUUAAUCGGACAAAAGGUUUACCUCACGUGAUCUAUUGUCGAUUGUGGCGCUGGCCCCAGCUGCAAUCCCACAGUGAAUUGAGGCCAAUAGAGACUUGCACCUACGCAUUUGAUCUCAAGCGAGAUCAAGUUUGUAUCAAUCCUUAUCAUUAUCAGAGAAUUCACACUCCAGCCCUGCCAGCUGUCCUCGUUCCGCGACUGAGUGAAACAGCCAAUACGGAGCCUCCAUUGUUGGUGGAUCUCCAGCAGUUGACUGCUCCUGAAAACACGUCAGCUCCACCUCCAACCGCCACGCUGGAUCCACCAACAACACCGCCCGGAUAUAUGUCCGAAGAUGGGGACAACAAUGAUAAUUUGAGUAUGAGCCCCAGUCCUGCUUUGGACUCGCAACCGGUUAUGUAUUGUGAGCCGGUGUUUUGGUGUUCCAUUAGUUACUAUGAACUAAAUACCAGAGUUGGUGAAACGUUUCAUGCAUCGCAGCCAUCCAUCUCUGUAGAUGGUUUUACUGAUCCUAGCAAUUCAGAAAGGUUUUGCCUUGGUCUGCUUUCAAACGUCAACAGGAACACAGUCGUAGAACAAAUAAGAAGACAUAUUGGCAAAGGUGUAAGAUUAUAUUAUAUUGGGGGUGAAGUUUUUGCUGAAUGCCUUAGUGAUUCUGCAAUUUUUGUUCAAUCUCCUAAUUGUAAUCAGCGCUAUGGUUGGCAUCCAGCCACAGUCUGUAAAAUCCCUCCAGGUUGUAAUUUAAAAAUCUUCAACAACCAAGAAUUUGCAACUUUAUUAUCUCAAUCAGUCGGUCAAGGUUUUGAAGCUGUCUAUCAACUCACUAGGAUGUGUACUAUUCGAAUGUCUUUUGUCAAAGGCUGGGGUGCUGAAUAUAGGAGACAAACUGUGACGUCGACUCCUUGUUGGAUAGAAUUACAUUUAAAUGGACCUUUGCAGUGGCUAGAUCGAGUUCUCACACAAAUGGGAUCUCCAAGGCUUCCUUGUAGCUCCAUGUCGUAAAUGACUGUAUCAAUUUUGGUCUCUGUAUUGUAAGUAAAAACAGAUGGUUAAGUUUAUCUGUAAGUCCAUAUGAAUACUUCAUCUUUUACUCGCAGCUACUUUUCUAAUUUAAAAGUUGUGUUUUUGAAGGACUGGACUGGGAAGUUUCAAAUUAUUUUUUGGAUAUCCUUUUGAAUCAUUCUUAAAAUGACAAAUUAUUUUCAUGAUUUGAUGUUGUUGACUUUUAUAAUGUUUAGUAUUUUAAAAUUUUCAUGUUUUCAUCUGUGCUCAAUUAAUUAGAACUUGUUAGAACUUGGAGACAAACUACCUCCCUAUUUUAUAUUCAUCUGAUGUUGAUGUUUCAUCAGUUGUACUUAAUAUAUAGUUUAGAAAAGGAAGAAAAAGUUGCGUUUGGUCAGUUUUAUAACCAAGCCUCUCCCUGGUAAAUGCUUUCAAGAUAUUCCAUGUCAGAUCAUCCAUCUAUUGACUUAAUUUUACUGGAGAAAUUUUUUUCGCAUUUGAAUCAUUGUAUUGUAGGCUUUGAAAUCAAUGAAUUAAACAAUAUUGCUGUUUUUGCCAAAGCUGAAUACAUGGAUGUAUCUGAUAAGAUAUUUUACAAACGAAUUGAACAAUUUUUAGACAGUCUUGAGGUGAAUAAAAACCAAAUGUGAAAUAGCCCUUCAAUAAGGAAAAAUACGACAUAUGAGUAUAUGUCUUGAAUAUGUAGAAUUACUUAAAAUUUUCAACUUUCCCUUGCAAGUUCUCACAAGUUCUGUGAAUGUUCAGUCAGUAACCAGUCCCUCAUAAAUUAUGUUGCUGGCAAAAUAAUUAUGUAAUUUGAAUCAUCAGUGUGCAGUUCCUUAAAGUUUUACAAAUUUAUAUUUUCUUUUUAUCUGUGCCAGACUUUGUGUCAUAAUAAUUAGUUUUUACCCUUUUCCUUCCUCUCUCUCUCUCUCUGUUUCUUCUUUUUCCUUUCCUAUUAAAUAAUUGAAGUAAUUUUAUGCACAUGUGAGGAAGCUAUUCAGAAACAUCAACUUGAAAAGUUUUGGUUCAAAAUUUCCAACUAUAAUUUCUAAUUUUUAAUUCCUUUUUUUUUCUAAUUUAUUGUGUUUUAUCUUCAGCUAUCGUGUUUGCUGAAAGAUUGUGUAAAGACUGGACCCGCUGUUUUGUAGUUUUAAGAUGAAAAGAUUGAUAGAGGAGAGUUUGUUUACUACAGUUAACUUUGUAUUUUUCCCCAUCGCAAUUUCAGCAUAUCAGUAUCCUUACAAAAGUUAAGUUAUGAUUUCCCAACUUUGCAUAAUUUGUUAAGACUCACCUCUGAAACUGUUGUCCUCUAAGUCCGCAGUAGUUGAGGUAAAAAAGUACUCAGUUCAUUUAGCUGGAGGUUAUCUUGUAGGUCCUGCUCAUUCCCUCUCAAUAAUGUUGAUUUGAUGAAAAGAUAAAAUUUGUUUUUCCAGACAAACGUGAAAAAAAUGCAUGCGUUAUGAAUUGUCUUCACAGUGAGAGAUGGCUUGGUCUUAAAUUUUUUUUUCUUUUUGCUUGAAGAUUUGGCUUCGCAAGCUUAAUUUCAAUUCCCAGGGUUUCAAAAUUAGUUUAAGGCGAUAAGAGUUAAUUUUAAUAUGAACAAAAACUGCCGACUACCUUUUUCCUCUUAACUCAUUGGAAGUUUGAUAAAGUCAGUUUUCUUUGACCUAAAGCAUUUUACAAUGAAUCUAGUAGCAAAACCUUCUUGUACAGUAUCUUACCAUCAUGUCUUUUUCCUCAUCCUGUCUUGUUUAGAUUAAGAUUUAUCAAGCACUCAGUUCAGUGCUUGGAACAAAUUGUACUAAUUAGUGUUAAGUUGCAUUUUGGAGAUUCAGAAUGAGGCAAUCUCAUACGAGCGUUUAAAUUUUUCGUGAGAAAGUCUCAAUCUCUCAGGUAUUUUAAAUAUACAUUUUCGCCGUGUUUCAGAGAAUGGUGUAAAAUGUCAUAAUUUUGACCAUUAAGUUGCAGGAAGAUAAGUUUUUAAAUAACCUUAAGCUAAUUAUAACUCAUAUGGGCAAAUUAAGGAAGCCCAUGUUUAGUGCAGUUGUCAUGCCAUUUGUACCGACUGCAGAAAUUGGAACGGGAAGAAAAUGAUUAAAUACUUUUUAUCCAAUUUUUACUCAUUUGAACGAGUACAAAUACAGCAUACAUACAAAUAGAGCAUUCUCUGAUAUCAGGAUCAGACUUUACCAGCCCUCUCAGAAAUCUUCUGUGACAUACUUUCUCUUUCCUCUAAGCAAAUUCAUUCUUGAAUCUUGAGUCAUACAUUCUUCUUUAAAUAUAUCACCUCCAGUUUAACAGUAAUAAUUUUCUAAUCAAGGCAUUAUUAUUUAAUUUAUGCUGUUAAUGAACUAGAAUGAUUUCCCUAUCCAUACGCAAUCACUAAAUUUCUGAUAAUGAGAAGGAUUAAUAAUUUAAUAAUGUUCCUCUUACAUUCACUAGAGCUACUGAAGCAGCAGUUUUACCUCUGCAUGUAAUAAAAGGCUGGAAAAGGGAAAUCUGUGUGGUGCCAAAAUAAGGCUUUCCAGAAAAGCUCCCCCAACUCCCCCCUUUUUUUCUUAAUUCAUCAACACUCCAGAAAAAAGUAUCUAAUGCUUCAGUACUUAUUUCCUUAAAACCUGAAAGAAAAGAAGUCUUACCAACUUUGUUUGUCCCAGCGUUUUCAGCUCUUGGAUAUAGUGUCUCUUGAUGUUGUCCAAUAAAAAUGCCCUGUUGUCAGCAAAGUUCAAUGGUGGUUAUCACAAGUUUUAUUUUGUAAAGUGUCAGAGACACUCCUUCACUUAAAUUAUGCUAUCAUCGAAUAUUCUUCCUAACCAUUUUUUUUGCCAUUGAUGGAGAUCCUCUGUACAUUUUUUUUUUUUCCCUGUUCUUUCCUAUCUAUUUUUUUCUCUCAAUGCAUCCGUACAUUUUCUUUGGUGCUUUACUCAUAUUUGAGCUCACCUUGUAUUUUUCUCUUCAGCUUUGACAGGAAAAUCCUUUUAAUCAUCUCGCUCCUCUCAGUUGUAACGUUACGUUAAUCAUGUUAUUUUUUGCAAAGUUUAUUUUUCACAUGAUAUUGAUUUUAUGUUGAUUAUUUAACAACUCAAUUGUUAAAGUUGAAAAUUAUUUUUGUUGAUCCCGGCUUCCAAUCAAAUCACUUGAUGAAUGCAUUUUGAAUCACUCCUAAUAAUUUCCAUUGGCUACAAUUCGGCUCUGAGUAAGAAGGACUGAUCUUUUUUCCAUACAACAAGUAUCCGUUUUGCAAGGUCAAUUCUUUAUCUUCAGUAAGGGUGAACGGGACGAAUCUGCAUCUAUGACCACUUUAAAUUUUUACCCCAGAAACUAACUAUCAUGAAGUGACUUGCAAUGAUCUAAUCAAGCUCUGGUCUAUCCUGGUGUUGAUCUAUAAAUUUUAAUUUGACGGUUGUACCGAGUUUGCAAUAUAUAUAAGAUGCACGUCAUAUCUCAAUGACUCCGAUACUCUGUUUUUCCAAGUACAUAAAUUGCCAAAUUUUUUCAAAGCCUAUUUUGCCAAAGUAAUUUUUUUAAAUAGUCUAUUUUACUGAAAAAUUUCUGACUAUUAAUCAGUCCUAAAUUUCAAGCUCUUAAUCAGGUGUUUCACACUGAGCAUCUUGAUUGUAUCCUAUCUUUGCAUCUCAUGAUUUUAGUUUUAAAAUCGAUCAACGAAAAAAUUGCCUAAAGGUAAUAAAAUUAAUGUACAGACAGAGCAAAUGUAUACUUUCUGAACAAUAAUCUUAAAAAUGAGUUCGAAUCAAUGCUCUCUUUUUCAAUGUUCGCUCUGCCUGAAUUCUGCCCCCUCAACACUGUAUAUGUUCUCACGAAGAAAAUUUAUGAAGCUUCUGCUAUCAACCAGCCCAUAUUUUUUCACUGACUCUUUGGAUGAAUUUAUUGUACUUCUAUUUUCUUUUCUUCUUUUUUGCAUGAUAAUCGUACAAAAAUGGAUGAAUAUAAAAAUGUUAAGUUUAAUUUAUCAUGCCGAGCAGAAUAAUAUUGUCUAGAGGGAUAGCUUUGUAACUGGGACACAAUAAAAUGAGCCCAACUUUGGUGCAACGGAGCACCAAGGUAAGUUAGGAACUAAAGCAGUUCAGCAGAUCAUUCAAGCAAAGUCUCCUACCAAAGAGCAAAAUCGCCUUUUAAAAUGCAAAAUGAGUCAUUGUGGAGUCCUAGGAACGAUUUAAAAAGAAGAGGAAGAAAUUUUGUUGAGUCGUUUAAUGGGGGAAAAGCCCAGAAGUUUCAUUCCUGCAAUGCGAACUUGGGAAAAAUCCUGUGAAACAUCCCGUGGAGCCAAGGCGUUAUUUACUCUGUCUUUAUGGUCCAUUUCAGAACAAGAACAGAGAUAGGUCUGGAGGAUUUGUCGCAAAAAUCUAAGCUUAAAAGUUGUCGCAUUUGAAGCAGCAGCCGUGCUCAUUCCCCUUGUUGGUUCAAUCUUAGUCCAAAUCUCAGAUAAUUCGUUAUGAAAUUGUUUUAACAUUAAUUCAUCUUAUCAGUCAAAUGUUACUUGAAACCUGCUUUUUGUUUUAUUUUUUUAAAUCACUCAGAUCAUUGUAUUGAGUCACCCAUCACCUUAACCAAUAAUUAAUACUAGUACAAAUAAACUAAUAAAGAUCAUAAGAAUCAGACCUACUGCAAGUAUUAAUAGGAAUUGUAGCCAGUGUUAAAUUAUAUUCAUCUCACGUUUUUUGAAUCCGCUAAACAAGCCUCCGCAUUUUCUUAUUGAUUUUUUGCCACUGUUUUGAUCUUUUAAUCAUGUGCAUUAAUUUUUUUUCUUUUUUUAAACUGUUAUGUAUUUAAAUAAAUCUUUAAACUUUUUACUGUGAAGCUUCAUCUUCAACACCGUCUGUUUACUUCUCUCCAUUUAUUUCUUCCAAAGAAAUAAAUUUUUUACGGUGUAUAAAUAUAUAAUAUUUAUACCUUGAUGUAUAUUGUUUAUUUACCUUCUAAUUAAGUGUGUCUGUGAGUGUGUUAGGUUUUGGCUACUAAUGAAUUGUACAGAAUCCAUGCUGCUCCUUUUGGCCGUACCACUAGGAGAGAAAACAAUUGCCAAAAUCGGGUAGAUUAAUGAAGCAGUUUUUGUGAAUAUGGUUGUUAAUAGUCAAUAGGUUUCUGCUCAGGAAAGUAAUAAUGGAAUUUAAGAUUAUUUUUGCAUUAAGUGAAUUUAAUGUUUUUAUUAAACAGGCAAAUAAAAACACUUGAAUCGUUUUCACUCUUGUUUUCAUGCCAUUUCAAUUUUCCUUCCUCUUAUACAUCCAUGAGUGUUAAAUCAGGUCGCAGAGAUCGAAAAUGUAAUUUUUUCCCCUCACUUUCUUUUAUUUUUGCUUUUUUUCUUCUUUUUUUUAGACAUCUUACUGACAUUCAAGAGUUGCAAUUGAUACACAAAGCUAACAGCAGUUCUCUAAACCCAUUUCAAAAUUUUAAAAGUCAUCUUAACAAAAAGCUCGCAGUUUGAUGUCGUAAUUAAUUAUUAGAGAGUCAUAGAUAACCAAAUUACGUUUUCCAUGAAUAAUAUAAUGAUGCCAACCAAAAUCAGCGUCCCAAAACCUCUCAUAAUUAGAUCAGGAGGUCUCAAGUAGUAGAAUGUGAGCUUACCACAUUGCUCUCGCACGCUUGAGUUACUUCUGUAAAAUUUCAGUUCACUUUGUACAAACUUGUUGUAUUGUUAAUUUUACUUCCUAAGUCUAGUUUGUGACCAACACUUAAGUUGAGAGAGAAACUUGCACACCCAAAGAUUCUCUUGGUCCGAUCACCUUCACUGAAUGAGUCAACCGAAAAAAUGUAUUCAAAAGAUCAAUCAGUAAUUGUAGUGUUCCUUUUGUCUCUCUGUAAGUUGUGAAGUUCUUAAAAAUCAUAAUAAUGGGGAAAAGAAACAAUCUUCGAGCAGGCAGUUAUUUCUUACUGAUUUUUUUUCAAUUCUUUUUUUUCAACUAUUUUCUAUUUUAUAUUCCUCUCCUGCUAAUUCUGAGGUUUUAUUUGAUUAGGUUGAGUAUCACGGUUUCCUCUCCUGUAACUGACAAAGAAAGAAGGAAUACAGCUAUCAUUAAAUGAUUUAUAUUAGAAAUUCAGUGUUUAUAGAAUCAAAAAAAAAAGAAAAAAAAAAAGAAAAAAAUACGAAAUGAGCCGCACUGAAAAUACGCUCAUGGAUGAGGAAAAUCACUCCACAUACAGUCCUGGACUUUUUGGUGGCAGGAUUUAUUCAUGAUGAGGUAUUUAGGUCCUAAAUAGUCCUUGGCAGAAGUCGAGCAAGGGAGGUUGGAAUUAAUCUUUCAAAACGACGGUCGACGGUAUCAGGAUUGAAUAACAAAGCCUUGAAAAGUGGACACUUAAUUUUCAACAGAAAUCUAUUGUUUCUCUUUUGUCUACUCCUUUAACUCCAUUUUUACUAUAAAAAUUACCUAGAUUUUGUAAAUGUAACUCCAAGCCAUUGUCCUCAUCCAUACUCAGGAACUUUGAAUGACUUGUGAAAUUCAUUGUUGUAGAAUUAUUAGAAUAUGCCUACUUACUCUUUGUAUUUUUCUCCCUAUCACCCUCUGCUUUUGAAUUUUUUUUGUCGCUGAGCUGCUCUCUAUUGAGGUUCAUGCAUAAGUUCCUCAGACAUUUUACACUAAUUGAAGAAUAUAUCUUUGAAAACAAAGCUUAGACUUCACUGGUCCUCUCAGCUUUAAAAAAAAUGUGUCUCUCACUUUGAGCGUAUUAAUCGUAAAUUUGUCUCCAUAUUUGCAUCCUAAGUUUCUUGAAUCCUUCCUUGUAAAUUUUUCCCUGUCAAGGAGCUUUUUUAAUAUUGAUCGUAAGUACUGAUUUGAAAUUAACUUUUUUUAUCAUUGGUCUUAAGUAGCUUUGGGACUUAAUGAAAGUAAUGUAUCUAGUAACUUAUCAUACUGACAUUGAGCACAAUCAUGUUUGUUGAGUCAAAGUUGCACUGUUGUGUGCAUCAAUGUAAAAAUUCACUCGCCUGAGUCGUGUAAUUGAUGCUUCAAAGUUUCUAAAUACUGUGAUAAUUUUAAUUGCUCAGAAAACUGUAGCUUGUCAGGUUUCUGUACUCAAUUUGGUGAAUUGUUAACUGAGCUUCUACUUUUGAAAAAAUUUGUGGAUGGAGAAACGUCUGAAAAUCUGUAUCCCAAAAGCUGUAAAUAAGGAAGACAAUUUUAAGUGCUCGAAGAAUUUCAAAACUGUUUCCUAGCCUCAAUAAGCAAAUUUUUUUUCAGAAAGCUUUGAACAUCUUUAAGAGGCAGUAUUUUCUAUCAUCAAGAUUCUCUGGCCAACAAUCACAUGCCUUUUUCUCAAGUAAUGAUAUUCCUUCCUGAAUAGCUAAAGUACAAUCUUUGGAAAGGUCAUGAAAAACCUUUUGAAGUUCUUUCAUCUGUUGUCAUCUCUGAAGUUCAGUGCAUACCCCUCUCUGUUGUUGUUUGUUGACCUACAUAACGUUGCUGGUGCUCCAAACCACUACAUAUUAUCUCAAGUCAGUUUAUGCAGAAAAAAGUUGUCCUUGCAAACGAAAGUUUCGGUCUCUCCCUUUUCAGCUUGCAGUCACGAUGUUUCUUGCACAAUACAAUUAUUUCAAGUGCAUAUUUUCCGCUAACUUGGAUAUGACAAGUUUAAAAUAAUAAUUGUUAUCAAAAAUCUAUUUUAAUUUUAAGUCCAAGUGUGAUUUUGCUGUACGGUCACACAUAAUUUUAAUUAUUUUACUUCCGAAUUAGCUUGUCCAAUCGUGCGUUUUAACCAAAAAUAUGAAGUUGCUCUUCCGGGAUUGAUGUAGUCUAUAUCGAAAAAUCUCUGUAGAAACUAACUUCUGAAACCGACUUUGCAUGGUCUCUGUGGAUUCAAACACACAUAUUAAAUUAAAAUAAAAGUAUUAUUUGAGUGAGAGGAAAAUGUGUGAAUUCAGAACGCAGGUAAAUUGCUCUCUUUUGUAAGUUAAAAUUGGCAAGAAAAGUCUUACUGUGCAGGAUGCACACUUUUUCAUCAUUUUUAUUAUCUCUAAAAGUAUACCCUCUGGAGCACAUCAGAAAGUAUUAUCACCUACUUUCAGAGUGCCCUGCAACUCAGUACAAAUAGAUUGAAGUGAUUUUUUUGGAAACACUAUAUAGUAGAUGACUUCUGUACCCCCAAUUCUACUAUUCCAAGUUCGGUAAGCUUAAUGAUCCUUUAUGAUGAGAUUCAAAAUGGGAGUAUAAUUAAAUGGGGGAAAAAUGGUAUUUGUGUACCUGAAAAGUUAGAAGUAAUACAUUUGUCACAGUUAAUAAUUAGCUCUUUGUUGAUUGAAAGCUGUUCAAAAUUACUGACGGGUUUUUUAGUUAUGAGAAACUUUCGCUCUCUAAGUCUCUUUCUCCCUCUUCCCCCUUUCUACUUGGAUUUUUGAAUGUGUAUUUUUUUCUCCAUCUCCUACGAUUUCAUCCUUAAAUAAUCUAAAAUUAAGGAGUGGAAGUAGAUGAAAGGUUGGACAAAAAAAAAGUCAGAUUUAACUAUUUUAUGGGCUUUAUCACCUGCAGUAUGUAUUUUUAAAGCCUAAAUUGCUAUCUAAUUUCCGUUGAUUGUUUAGUUUAAUUCACUCAGGAACUCAUGGUUUCUCCCUUUAUCUUUGACUCAGCUUUUGUACACAACAGCAGGAUAGACUAAAUUUAGUGUAAUAUCAGUCUACCGCUCUAGGUUUAAUUUGCUACUUUCAGUCUACUGCCCUCUUCUUGCUAAUUUUAAUAAGUGGUCAAUAAUCCUCUGUUUUAAUUUUCAAUUUGGUUCUUACUUUAGUGAUAUAAAUCGCAGUGUAUCUAUGAUUGCUUUUAGCAAAAAGGAACCCCUGCAAUUACGGUGUUUUCAAAAUCGUGCAACUUCUUCUUUUCUCUUAAAAAUACUCAAAAUAUGUACAGUAAUAAAAUUUACACAAUUAUUUUCCUUUAAAAUUAAAAAUUUUUUGGUGGAAAGCAGAAACUAUUUGUUAUUCUGGGUGAUAUUUUUGAUAAUUAUAAAAAAGCAACAUUUUUACAACACUGUAAUUGUGCUGGUUCCUUUUUGCUAAGUGUAAUUCAUAUUAUCGAUGCAAUAAUUUUCUUUGCCCAGCCGUUGUUUCACUUUAAGCACAUUCAAAUCAUUAAGUAGUACCAAUCUCUAAAGUAUUAUGCAGUAACAUAUAUUAAAGUGGCCGAUCAUACAGGGGCCUCCUGUUGCAUCGGGCGAGUGCUAAAAGGUGGUGACUUUGGAUAGAAGCUUCAAAUAUCUUGUCCAUAUGAACGAACAAUCUUUACAGUCAUGGUUCUAGAGUUUAUAUUAUUCUGUGUGAAGUAUUUACGAUGAGGCAUUUAUCUGUAUCCAUUUUACAAAAAGAGGACAUAAAACAGUGCUUUUGUAUUUUCUAACCUUACUGGGAAGCUCUCACGUCUUGUUGUAGUAUCUGUGUAACUCUUUACGUCAGUGGCGUGGAAAAAUUAGCAUGUUGGGGAAAAUAACUUAAAAUUGAUGUUAAAACUAACUAUGAGCUUAUGAGCCCCUUGUGCAUUGGUACGUUAAGCAUGAUGAUACAAUGCAAGCCAGUAAGAUCCCUCCAAAGAGAGGAAGCUACCAACUACCAUUGGACGUAUUUCUAUCAAACGGAACUAUGUGCAUUAAGACAUGAGCCCUGAGACCCAUAAGAAUAUAUGCAUAACAGAGCUCACGUCAUAAUGCACAUAGUUCCGUUUGAUAGAAAUACGUCCAAUUUUGGACACGAAGAGCAGCUAGAAUUGAAGUUAGUGCAAGAACCUCCCGUGCUCAGCAGAAAAAGUAAAAUAAAAUAUAUUCCCUGUCACAUUUGAAAAAUGAUUAACUGAUUUUCGUCUCGAUGAAUCCACCGGGCUUUAUCUUUUGAAUGCGAACAAACACAGUCAAAUUACCAAUUUAUCUUUGAAAUAGGAGUUGUAGCCUGGACUUCUCUGUAAAAUUCUUUGUCAGGCACAGCAGGAAGAAUUUUCACAAUGCUUCACUGAAUUGAAUAUUUUCGUAGCUGUACUAUCAAAAUAUUAUUUUUGCAGAUGGGAAUACGGUGAGGUAUGUAGGAGAGUUUGAUUGCUUUUAAGAUUUUAAAUCCAUUUUUUCCUUCAAAUUAAAAGGAUAUUGUAUCAAGACAUGUCCAAGAGGAAAUUAAAUUGCACUUGGAAGAAGAAUACAAUGGUUAAUGGUGCUGUAUUGAUUAUUGUGAUUAACUUUUG